UAAGAGCCCUACAAUUUCCCCGCACUGUUUACUAUGGCACCCAAAACCCUCAGCCCUUCCCCAUCUCCAUUACUCCAUAACCCAUUAUCAAAACCUCAAAAUUGUAGCCCUAAAGCUAAACCCCCAACUUCACACCGAACUUCACACUUUAAUCCACUAAUCCUCACAAAUGAGGACAACCCAUUAUCCAAUUCCCAAAACCCUGAUCAUAAACUCUUAUAUUCAAACCAUGUUCCAAACUUUAGCCCACCAAUUAUCACAAAUGAACUCAAAUCGACUUACCAAAGCGAAAGGGGUCUCAAAUUUGAGACCGAAGAUACCUUCUUUCGCCAUGAGAGCGCCACUGGGCGUGACCUCGGCGUGCUCUCAGCGACACUUUACAAGCAAUCAAAGGGACAAUUACGUGUGCUUGACGCGAUGUGUGGUUGUGGAGUUCGUUCCCUCCGAUACUUGGCUGAAGCUGAAGCCGACUUUGUGAUGGCCAACGAUGCAAAUGAUGACAACAGGAGGGUUAUUGUGGGUAAUUUGAGAAGUAUUGAGAGGGGUUCAGGGGAGGACAAGAGAUGGGUGGUUACACAUUUUGAUGCAAACAGAGUUUUAUCUGAAUCUUAUUUGAAAAGGGAAUUUUUCGAUUUGAUUGAUGUUGACUCAUUUGGGAGUGAUUCUAGUUUCUUAAGGAAUGUCUUUAAUGCCAUAAAGUUCGAUGGAUUGCUGUAUUUAACGUCCACCGAUGGCUACUCUUCCGGCGGUCAUCGGCCUAAUUGUUCAUUAGCUGCAUAUGGAGCAUAUAUUCGCCCUAUGCCAUAUUCAAACGAGAUUGGUUUGAGGAUGCUUAUAGGUGGGGCAGUACGGGACGCUUCUGCUCAAGGUUAUUAUGUUACUCCUCUUUUUUCAUAUUAUUCAUACCAUGGACCUGUUUUCAGAGUCAUGUUCAGAGUAAAUCGUGGCUCCUUACCAGAUAACAGAUGUUAUGGUUUCGUUAGCUACUGUACCAGUUGUGGGAAUUCUCAAACGUAUUCCUGGGAAGAACUUGGUCAAAUCUGCUGUCCCUGCAGCAAUAAUAUUGGUUCUAGCUCCCUGGUUGUUUCAGGGCCCCUGUGGACAGGCCCUCUUCACAAAGCUUCUUAUUUAACAGAUAUGUUAAAUUUGGCUGAGCAGAGGGGAUGGGUGGGCAAUGGUACAGGAACUAAUCUGGAAAAACUUUUAAAACGGAUGAUAGAUGAAAGUGACCCCAGACUACCAGUUGGGUAUAUCAAAUUGGACGAGAUGGCAAGCAGAGCAAAGGUGGAUUCUCCUUCUCUAGGUAUUAUUAUGAGCGCCAUGCACAGGGAAGGAUAUGCUGUUAGUAGGUCGCACAUUGCCUCCAACGCAAUCAAGACUAAUUGUUCCAUGACACAAUGCAUCAGGAUUGCCAAGCAACUUCAAGGAUGCUCAGGCUAAUAUUUUUGGUAUUUAAUAGACUGACAGUCACAUUAGAAGCUGCACAUUAUUACUUCUUCCCAGGAAAAAUUUUGCAGAUUGCUAUUCUGAAAUGAUUUACAUAUCGUUCAUCUAUCAAGUUUAAUCAUUCAAACAACUGGCUGCACAUUGAAAUACUAUGUUACUACAAGCACCGAAUGAAAGAGUUGAAAAUCAAGUUGUAGUCAAACUCAUUUUUGAAUCAGAAUCCUUGUUAUUGUA